UUGGGCCUCUCUUCCCUACAGUCAUUGCCGGGCGGAGAUGAAGGAAGGAAGCAGUCAUUUAAAUGCAUGGCGAAUAGUUUGGCGACAGAAUGUCGUUUGGAUGGUUGAUCAUAUUUAAUUAAUUUGAUCGCACACGCUAAUAACUUCACCAACCGUGUUUGUGGCAGCUAGCUAGUGUGUCAUAAGUAGCUACCAGCCAAGUUAGCCCACAGACUGCAGCAACACAGUGGACUGAUCGGGGCUGAUAGCUCAGCCAGCCAGCCAGAAGUGAGGACAGCUCGGCUCUUUCCGACAUCUUGCCAUGGAGGACCCAUUUGACAGUGAGCGAGCGUCCCUGCCCAGGAACAUGAUAGAGAACAGUAUGUUUGAGGAGGAACCUGACGUGGUGGACCUGGCUAAAGACUCUACAGCUUUCCCGGCAUUGGAACCAGAUGAGGUGGUGUACGAGCCCCGUAGCUCCCGUCUGCUGGUGCGAGGUCUGGGAGAGAACGACCUGGACGAUGAGGAGGAGGACUAUGAGUCGUCAGCCCGCCUACUGGGCAUGUCCUUCAUGAACAGAAGCUCCACCCACAAUCCUAGCCCCUCCCCUUACAACAGACAGGCUCCAUCCAGGUUAUGUUCCUGCCCCUCGGCUCGUAUGCUGGUGGUGGGCGUGUUCAUCUUGGUACUGGUCGCAUCCAUGGCGAUGGCUCUCUACUUCCUGCCUGGCUGUACCUUCACUAAGGCUGGCUGUGGUAAGGAUAACUCCUCCACUCCUAUGGAUCCAUCCUAUCCUAACAGCACCAAUGGGGAGCUGUUUCCCUGGAAUGCGCUCCGACUCCCAGCCAGUGUACGGCCUGUGAACUAUGACCUCUCCUUGACCCCUAACCUGACUUCCAUGACCUUCACUGGCCGCACUGUCAUCAACAUGACAAUACUACACGACACCAAGCGCAUAGUUCUGCACAGCUCUGAACUCAUUAUCACCAAGGCAACCUUCCAGGUUGGAGAGGAUAAGAGUGUUGAGGUGAAGGUGUUGGAGUAUAAACCAUGGCAGCAGAUAGCUGUCAGCUUCCCAGAGGAUCUGAAGGUAGGCCAGGUGUGUGUGUUAACGUUGGACUACGCAGCCAACCUCUCACACACCUAUGACGGCUUCUACAACAGCUCCUACAACGACAAGACUGGAGCCAAGAGGGUCCUAGCUGCCACCCAGUUUGAGCCCCAGGCAGCCAGGAAGGCCUUCCCCUGUUUUGAUGAGCCGGCUUUUAAAGCCACUUUCCUGGUCAGGAUCACAAGGGAGCCUGGAUACAUCACUCUGUCCAACAUGCCCCAGGCUAAGACGACUACAUUACCCAGCGGCCUAUUGGAGGAUGAGUUUGAGCAGACUGGCGUUAAUAUGAGCACCUACCUGGUGGCCUUCAUCGUAGCCAACUUCACCAGCAUUACUAGAAACGUCUCCAAUACACUGGUGUCAGUGUACUCUGUGCCAGAGAAGAAGGAACACACACACUAUGCUCUGGACACAGCCUCCACGCUGCUGCACUUCUACAACACCUUCUUUCACAUCGACUACCCUCUGAGGAAACUAGACCUGGUUGCUAUCCCAGACUUUCUGGCGGGGGCGAUGGAGAACUGGGGUCUGAUCACCUUUAGAGAGACCAGCCUGCUGGUGGGAAACCAGUCCUCUCCUCUCGACAAACAACUCAUCGCUAACGUCGUAGCCCACGAGCUCGCUCACCAGUGGUUUGGGAACCUGGUGACGAUGCGUUGGUGGAAUGACCUGUGGCUGAACGAAGGCUUCGCCACCUACUGGCAGUACACGUCCCUAAUGACAGAGUUCCCACAGCUGGACCUAGGCAAUGUGUUCCUGGGGGUGCGCUUUAAGGCCAUGGCCAAAGAUUCUUUAAACUCCUCCCACCCAGUGUCAGUGUCAUCCCAGGUGACCACACCUGAGCAGGUGUCUGAGAUGUUUGACUCUGUCACCUAUGAGAAGGGUGCUUCCCUCCUGCUGAUGUUGAAAACCACUCUGCCAGACGGUCAGUUCAGGAAUGGACUCAUAAAAUACCUGGAUAACUACAGAGGAUCUAACACUGUUACUGAUGAUCUCUGGAACAGUCUCACCCAGGCCCAGGUGCUUCCCCAGCAGGAGAAUGUGUCAGACAUGAUGAGAACAUGGACGCUGCAAAACGGCUUCCCAUUAGUCACCGUCAGCCGCAAGGGUGGUCACGUGACGCUCACGCAGGAACACUUCCUGCUCUCCGCAGACAACGCCACACACACCUCUAACCUGUGGCAUAUCCCUGUGACGUAUGUGAAUGACAGCUGUAGCUCUGCCCCUUCCUGCAGACAGAUCUUCACGCUGAGAAAUAAGACAGCGACUCUGAAUGUGUCGGACAGUGUGAAGUGGCUGAAGUUCAACUACAUGAACACGGGCUUCUAUAUAGUUCACUAUGGAGACGAGGGCUGGGCCACUCUCAUAGAUGCUCUUAAGACUGAUAUCAACACACUCACACCCCACGACCGCGCUUCACUCAUACACAACAUCUUUGCCCUGUCCAGACUGGGUCGUGUGUCCUUCCGUCAAGUUUUAAAUCUGUUGGACUAUGCCACCAAUGAGACUGAGACUGCUCCUCUGACAGAGGCCCUGUCACAGCUCAGCUCUGUCUACAGACUACUGGACAAGAGACAGGAGCAAAGACUGGUGGCCCGCAUGAAGGUGUACAUUUGGGGUCAUUUUGGCCAGCUGAUGGACAGUCAGGACUGGGGAGAGGAGGAGAGUGUGUCCAGACAGGAGCUGAGGUCAGUCCUGCUAGAGAUGGCCUGUAGUCUGGGACGGCAGAACUGUACUGACCAGGCCACGGCCCUCUACGACCAGUGGACCAACUCCAACCAAACCAAACAGAUCCCAGGUGAUUUGCAGCGAGUGGUGUUCUCUACAGCGGCCCAGUCUGACCUCAGAUGGCUUUCUCUCAUGGAGGCAUACAGUUCCACCACAUAUGACUCUGAGAAACGCAAGAUACUGCAGGCCCUGGCCUCCACACAGGACCCACAAAGCAUUGUAUGGAUUCUGAGAACGGGGCUUGAGGGAGGGAUUAUCCAGACCCAGGAGCUGCCAUUGGUCAUCAGCACCAUGAGUGACGGCUUCGCUGGCCACUUGCUCGUCUGGGACUUUGUCAAAGAGAACUGGGACAGGAUCAUAGAGAAGUUCCCAGUGGGGUCCUAUCCCAUCCAAAGCAUAAUCAAGUCCACCACCUCCCAGUUCUCCACUCAGACACACCUGGAGGAGGUCCAGGGUUUCUUCUCCAGUCUGAAGGAGCGGGGGUCUCAGAUGCGUAGCGUCCAGGAGGCUUUAGAGACCAUCAGACUGAACCAGCUCUGGAUGGACAGGAACCUCCCAACACUCAGAAUAUGGCUCUAACAUGGCUGCUUGGCAACUGUCGCUCCCGGCAACCUGCUCCGAGGGCCAUGUUGCCAUGGCAACAGCAGUGUUUGCACUAUAGUAGGGCUUGUGUCUCAAAUGACAUCAUAUUCCCCAUAUAGUGGCUACUUUAUUUUUUCACUAUGAUCAAGAGUAGUUCACUAUAUAGGGAACAGGGUGUCCUAUGAGUUUUAGUAGCCAGCUCAGGGUUGCUCUAGAGAUUGUGUAUCUGACCCCGUAUCAAUCAGACUCUAACUCCUUUCUCUCUAUGCUGUCGACCAAACCUUCACACCGCUUUCAUCACAACAGCAUGCCUGGACACACAACAGAGUGUCUAUCUUUCAAACUCGACGUGCUUCACAUUGUAUGGAGGCAACUCACCCCUUCCAUCACCCCCUAGUGCUGUAGCAUCCACCUGAGAAAGGACAAGGAAUACAGGAAGAGAACAUGCUGUGUAAUCAGCGCUGGCAACAUGUCAUCAGUAUGUGUCACCUGUGAAACUCUCAUGGCUCAGUGACUAAUUGUGCUCUCUCAGGCCCUGGCUCCGACUCCAGCCUCCACAUGACUGUCCUACUGUCUGGGGGAGGAGGGGGAGAAUGUCUGUUGAAGGCCAGAGUAAGGCUACAGAGCUGACACACAAUACAAAGGGGUUAGGUCACCGUGUACAGUAGACACGCUCAGCAGGCUACAGCCAGAACGUGUAUAUGUUGAAGGAAAAUACCUUACUGGUAGUGUCCCCCCAAAAAUGUGGGACUAAAAAUGACUAAAACCAAAUUGAAACUGUAAAAAUGCUAAUGGCGCUAUAUUUAUAGCGUUUAUGACUGUCCAGCUCACUAAUAAUAACUAAAAUAAAAACUAGACAGUCGGGGACAGCGAAAAUUCUCAAAAUGAUGGAUAGAGGACUAUUUUUUUUGCAGAUUUUGGCACUUUUUAAUAUUUGUUUUUAAAGAGCGAAUGCGGCCCUCAGGGUAAAAUGAGUUUGAGACACCUGGUUUAAAUGCUCCCAAAGUGAAACUCUACCACAUUUCUACCACUGUCGGUCUGUUAGUUAGACCUCAAGAAGUGUGGGUUCACAACUUACUGUUACGAGAUACCGUAGUAGAAUACAUAACGUGUCAUUUCAAAAUUUGGUAGUGCCUCAGCAGUUAUCCUCUUGUUAUGUCAGUCACUGACAGUCAGUCAACUAGCCCAUGUCAGCUAACAUCGAUUGCUAGGUAAGUUAGUCUAGCCAGCUAUCUAAACCUUGUAGUAAUCAUAGCCGAAUUACUGACUGGGCAUCCAAGGCACAUGCCCAGGGGCCCUGACCUCCAGGGGGCCCCUCGUUUCAUUUUGUUAUUCACUCUCACGGAUAUCAUAGGAACAUGGCAUAAGCCAUAGCAAACUGUGUAGAACUGCAGGGAAUUAGCAUUAAAUGUGGCAAAAUGUCUCACCAUCCCAUGGAAAAAUGUGUACAAUCACAUGAAAUUAGUCAUGUUGAAUUGCUGAAAAUCUGCUUUAAAAUAUUGGCAAUCAGAAUGUGUUGUUAGGUGUCAAGUUAUAAGGCUACGAUUUGAUUCAUGUUUCAAGAACCUAAAAAGCUCAUGUUGACCUUUUUUUUUAUAUUUCUAAAUAAAUGAUUUCUUUUUUUGGGCUGCAGCUCAUCACUCAGAAUAUAUUUUGGUACACCAAGCCCAAGAGUUUGAGCCCCCCUGGUGUAAACGUUGGGUGAACUAAACACCCCGGCACUUCUGUUGACGUAACUUUCAUUGUUAUAUUUUGACAGUUAAUGUCAUACAUUCAUGUUUAUCUAACAAUGGUUUCAGUAACUGGCCUGCUGUCUAGCUUUAUUCAGAUUGAAGGAGUAUAGUUAAGACCGCUUUCCGCUUUUCCUUUGCGUACGAGGCAAUCUGUGUCCAGAAUAUUUAAUUCUCACAAUGCUUGUGAAGAUGUAAUGAUACUACUAUCCUUACGUUGCUUUUUGAUCAUGUUUUCUGUGCGUGCAGAUUUUUUCUUUCGUUUUUGGUGUUUGGUUUUGGUUGUAUAUAUGGUGUGUAGUGUCAUGCCUCAGAUGUAUGAGUCCUGGUCAAAUGCUUUUAAUGGUUUUGUUUUUACUAAAGAACAAAGUGUACUGAUGAAUGUGAGGUCACUUCAAGGGCUCAGGAUCUUGUAUGAAACACAGCGAACUGUAGAUCCAUAUUAGGGUUGGGUGGCUGCACCAUGGUUCUUAAUUUAAGUGGUGGUAAUAAUGAAAUCAACAACUUCUUUAAAUAAUAAUGUAAGUUUUUAAAGUACAGGGUUGCCUGAUUGUUUCUGUCUUUUCCAUUUAAGGAGUUUAGUGAGUGACCUAACAGUGUUGCGUCUGUAGACCUGGGUAGUGCAGUUUUAGCUGUGUCUGUAGUCCAACAGUCUUCUGUCGUUGGUUAGCCUGGCUUAGUGGGCUAGGUUACGUUGUCUCACUAUGUGCGAGCUCUAUGGUACUCCGUUGUCUAUUGUAGCCCUGUUGUUUUCGACUCUGUGUGGAAGAUGAUUGUAUCAGCCUCCCGUCUGACUCUGGGUAGAAGAUGAUUGUAUCAGCCUCCCGUCUGACUCUGGGUAGAAGAUCCCUGUAGGAACAGAUCUAUGAUCAGUUAUACAACAAUUCAGACCUUAAUCAAAUAUAAAACUGACCUUGGGUCAGUGUCUAGGGCACAGUUAAACGAGUUUGGGCUUCUGGUAAUGGCUGGAUCAGAAUAAUGGUAUCAAAUGUAUCGAACACAGCUUCCAUGUGUUUUGAUGCCAUUCCAAUUCCUCCGUACCAACUAUUAUUUUGAGCCGUCCUCUCCUCAGCAGCCUCCACUGGUCUAGAGGUAACUACCUCCUCUCUGCUGCAGCAGCAUUGGCUCAGAUGUUGGCAACCACUGAAUGUCCUCAAGGAGCUCUUCUAUUACAUAACAACAUGACAAAUGAAUAUCUGAGCUUCUAAUGUAGCUUCUCUUCUAAUCUGAAGCCUCAGAGGUCUGUAGCUAUGUCUCCUGUUUGGUACUGUCUCAAUCUGAAGGAGGGUUGUUGUGAUGUCAUGUUGAAAACAUUGGAACAGCUAGGUCGUAUUGGCCGUUAUGAUAUGCCUAUUAUGAAAUCUAUCUUGGGUGCAGAAUUGUCAGUGUUUUCCUAUGCCAAGUCCACUUCCAUUGUUGCUCAUCAUUUUAAACUGUUUUGCACUGGGGUUGAAUGAUGCUGAAUAUUGUCAGGCUCUUCAUGUCAUGAAAAAAAGACGAAUAAAAUGUUUUCUGGA